GAUUGUUGAACGUUUGGAGUUGAAGUUGCGUUAGUAGAUUUUAGAACGUAAAUCCAAAACCGGCUGUCUGAUGGUUUUGUUUUGAAUAAUCUGACAGAUUCUAAAAUAAAAUAAAAUGCGUUUAUUAUUAAGAAGAUUUUUAGCAACAAGCAAUGUGUAUUUUAACAAGACCAAAAGUGUACGGUUGCUUUCCAGCGACGGUACAAAAAACUCCGAAAGCGAACCUGCAAAAGCAAAUGAAGUAAAAAAAAAUAUCGUAGUAGAGAAAUACAAAGAGGUAACGAUACUUAACAUAGAUCGUCAAAAGACAAGGAACAGUUUGGAUGAGCCAACAUUGAGAGAGAUAGAGGCAGCGUUAAAUGCAUUUGACUCAGAUGAUGAGGCAAAAGUACUUGUGUUUAACGGGGAGGGAGGUUCCUUUUGUUCCGGAUUUGAUAUUGAUGACAUUGCUGAGAAAGGAUACUAUCCAUUAAAGGAUGCAGCGACACGACUCCUUCGUAGACCACUAUGCGACAAGCCGACCAUAGCAGCAGUAACGGGAUAUGCAGUGGCAGAGGGAUUUGAACUGGCGCUCGCUUGUGACCUGCGCGUUAUAGAGGAUACUGCUGUGCUCGGCUGUCUGGGAAGAAGAUUUGGAGUACCUCAGAGCAUCAUCGGUGGGCGCAGGUUGACGUCACUAAUCGGAUUGUCGCGCGCCUUGGACUUACUUAUCACAGGCCGUUUGAUCAGCGGUACCGAGGCUAAUCAGUUUGGAUUAGCUUGUAAACUCACUGCUACUGGCACCGCACUUGGUGAAUCCUUAAAACUAGCAAAGUCAUUAGUGAAGUUCCCGCAAAACGCGUUGAUAAUGGACAAGCUAGCCGCUGUUAACUCUCAGCUGAACCCCAACAGCGAGGAGAGCAUGCGCGACGAGGCGGUUAUGACCAGUUUGCUAGGAAACGCCAUUGAGGACUUGAUGCAAGGGGCUAAGAAGUUCCAGGAUGGUAUAGGAAAGCAUGGAAAGUUCUACAAACUAACAGAAAUGCCCCUGAAAGAUUGGGAGCUAGAAGAUAGUGUGGAAGAGAUCACGGUAAAAGAGGACAAUGCGAAGAAAGAUGGAAAAUCAUAAUGCAAUUUGUAUAGACAUAAGGUUGAUUAUUGUUUGUAAGUUUCUAAUGUUGUCUAGUCGAUUGCUAUAUUAGUUAUUGUUAUUAUAUAAUAGGAGUGUUGAAGCCAUUGACGUAUAUUCUUUAGUCACGAAAGUCCAUAAAGUAUUUGUUCAAAAUUUGGACUUAGAACUAAAGUUAGCUGCAACGCUAUAACAUUAAUCUUUGUCUAACCAAAUCUGUUUUUAAACAUGCAGUGCUAAAGCGCUUUAAACAGAGUAAUAAUAAAAUGGCAAGCAAUACCAGAUUGCAGUACACUUCAAUUGAACACAGUAAGUGGUCGGACCGCCAGACCUACUACGUAGUACAUAUAUAUCGAUGGUUGAAGCACAAAAAUGAGGCAUGCAUUUAUAGUCACUAUGUACUGUAAAAUAAUAGUCAAAAUAAACGUUUCCCUUAAACAUUUUCCUUCCAAUGUCGUAUAAAUUAUUUAAAUAUUACACUUAUAAAAUCAAUCACCUGUAAAGUUUUCCUAUAGUUGUACACAAUACCUUUCGACUAUUAGAUAUUUACUAACCGCCAUUUUCAAUAAACGAUCCAAAUCGCUUUUUCGAUCUAU